AUGUCUUCCGCCCAACCCACCACCACAGACAACUCCGCUGUUGAUGCUAAGGACGCUGCAUUUGGCUUCGCAUGUCUUCGAAACAUCCGCGACGGCAAGGUCAACCUCGUGGGCGUUGCGAAUGCUCUCAACUACAGCAACGUCAGAAGCGUGGGUAACCGAUUCCGUGCCCUCCGCGAAAAGUACGGAUUUACUGGACUUGAGUGCACCACGGCCGACCCGGGUGCCAAAGUCAGUCCGCAGAAGAGAAAAGCUGCUACCGGCGCUACCGGCGCUCCUGGUGACGACGAUAACCAGGACAACGGCGAUGGGCAGGACGGCGAAGAUGCUGCGGCUCCUCCUGCUAAGCGCAAGCCCGGAAGACCGAAGAAGGGGACCGGCAAGGGUGCCGGGCGAGGCCGCAAGAAGGCUGUCGCCGCCGAACCUGUGGACGAACAGGAUGACGCCGGUGCUUCUGGUGGUGAAGAGGCAGACGCUGAUGCCGAGGUUCCUGUCAAAGGGGAAUUCGAUAAAACAGCCUGA